AUGGAGAAAAUGUAUAUACUUUCGAGUGGACGUCAAAGCGAGUUGUCUAAUUUCUGAUCUGUCUUGUUCCAGGACACCGCAGCUGCCCGACGCCGCCAAGGCGCCAUCAUAGAGAGUAUGCACAACCAUGGGAAAGGAGUUUACUCGGGUACAUUCUCAGGAACAUUAAAUCCAGCUCUUCAAGACCGCUUUGGGAGGCCGAAGCGUGAUAUUAGUACAGUAAUUCACAUUCUUAAUGACCUGCUGUGCGCGACGCCGCAGUACCGGCGCUCGUACCAGGGCUUACCUCAGAGCAACUUUGUCCUCGAACCCAACUCAUCGAGCACCUCAAGUACCACUCCUAGCUCGGGCGAGACCACUGACACCCAGUCAGCACCCCCUCAGUCGUCAGAUGACGCGGAGAACCAGGCCACGCGCGGUAAAGUGGAGCGCCUACGGCUGGUCAUGGAGGAGAGGCGGGAGCGGAGGCGGGCGCGGCGCGAGGCGCGCCACUCGCCGUACGGCUCGUCGCAGCCCCAGCACUGGACCGCCAAGUCCGAGACGCAGCCCGCCGGGAAGAGCUCCGAGGCCAUGGACACGGAUCAACCCCUGUGUGAUAUCAGCCCGCCUGAACCCGUCGUCGCCUGAACUGAUCCUCUCCUAAGCCUUCCCUUACUGAUAUAUGACUUUUCAUGCAAUUAGUUGAAAAAUAUAUAUAAUAUAUUGUGAAUAGGAAUGCCCUUUGACUUUAUCUUCAGACUGUAUACAAAAUUCUAUCAAAUUCCAUUGACACUAUUGUGAAGCGUUUGAGCUUUGUCAUGUUCUCGUGGAAGAAAGUUGCUUGAUAUGUAUUGUACACCUAAGGGUUAGCUAUAUUACACUUGGCCACCACCAGGGCCUCUAGUUUAGCAAAAUAUCAACUUCUAGUGAGAGCUCCAAUUUUUGUUAGCUCUAAUUAGUUGUUUGUUGAGGGUUAUAAUUAUCAAUUGUAGUCAAUAUUUGGACUUAGUAUUUCAGGUCUUCAAAAUCCCACCAAUGACCAUUAUCUAAGUGUAACUUGUAACUUAUAUUCCUCAUUUGCGUGUGUACUGCUACAAGUCACUUUUUUUUUUCAUAGCAAGACUCUCGCUGCCGGAACUAUAUGUUGAUGUAAGGGAUGUGUUUGCGCUGUGAAUUUUUUUUUUUUUUUUAAUUUUUCUUAAGUGCAGUCUGCACAGAAACUUAGUUUUGUUGGUUGUUGUUUCCUCUAUGUUGUAAAAUGUUUUGAUUGUUUAUUAUUUUUUCCUUGUGUGACAAAUGGUGUGCCUAAAGGUUGGCCCCAACAUUCUAUAUCCUGUUCAGUAAAAUUGUUUCCAUUCUUUGUUCACAUAGUAUAUUGAAUUUGUGAUUUUAAUGUAUAAUUUGUUUACCAUUAUUUGACAUUUUUCAGGCGGUUGGAUGUCUCUUUAUGUAAAUGCUGUGAAUCAGACUUAUGGUACAGCUCUGAUAAGAAUCCCUGUACUGUGUUGUCCAAUGUACUGAGCUACUGAGCUGUGUUGCGGUAGAUGAUUUUCUUCUUCCUUCCCCAUUUUCCUCUUGUCCCCUCCUUUCUUUCUUCUACCCUUCACCCUCCCUCAUCUUAUCUUGUGUAUCAUAUUUCUUACUAUGUUAUAUUAUUCAUUACAAAUAAAAUUAAAUGCAAACAUUAUAAUUAUUUGAAA